AUGUUUCUCUCAUCCGCCACCAAAGCGUGUUCUUCUUCUUCGGUGGGGAAAACAACAACAACAGCAGCAGUUGCAAAAACGAAGACUUUGCCCCCGCGAGGAUGCCGCGACGAGCGAAGAGCUUCUCUGAAGAAGAAGAAGAAGAAGAACGCGUCGGAAUCGUUGUUGGUUUUGAGCAGAGGAGGACGACGGGGAAGAUUCUUGACGAGGAAUGAAGCGAUAGCGGACCGGUUGACAGAGAGCGGAGAAGACAACGAGCAGCGCGAGAGAAGAGGAAAGAAGAAGGAAGAAACGCUGACGUUACAAACCAACAACAAUUCGUCGUCGAAACUGGCGGCGUUGGCGACGUUACUGGAACGCGCGGUCGUGCGAGACUUGGCGGACGAGUUAGCCAACGAAGACGCUACGUGUUCGGUGGAGUACGACCAAGAAGUCUUCGAAGAGUGCACGAAUAAAGUCACCGAACAAUUAGCCGAAGUGGUGGUUUUGUGCAACAGCGCGGAUAUGGCGAGCAAGUACAGCUCGAAUUUACGGAAUAAAGAGCUUUCCAGGUUGAGAGGGUCUUUGUGGAAUUUACGCGUGUUGUUGGAGUCGUAUUGCGCGACGAAAGGCGGGUGUUCGCUGAACGUGAGACAUCGAUUCGAGACGUUGCGUUCGGCGGCGAUGGAAGUGUUACCGGCGUCGAAGCGUUUGAAAAAAGGGCCCGAGGCGACCGCGAUUCCGAAUUUACAGGCGGUCAUGGAACCGAGAGUGAAGUCAUUCGAGGAAGUCAUGGGUACCGCGGCGAGUAGCAGCGGCGGCGAGGAAGACGUGGACAAUAAGAUCUCUCAAAGAGAGAUUGCGUUUUACAGAGGCGGACAACCUUCGGUGGAAGGCCGGUCGUGGCUCUCCAAAAACGGGUUUACUCGAGUGGUUGAUUUACGAGGCGAAGAUCGCGACAAUCAGUGGGUGAAACCGUUUGGUGGAGGCGACGGGCAAGGCACGUUUAACCAGAACAAGAAAUUCGACACGACGAAUAUUCCUAUAACAGAUAUGGGCGUUCCUACGAAAGAACAAGUCGAGGAGUUUAUCGACAUCGCGAACGACGUGUUGGAGAAGAACAAGACGAAGAAAGCUGGAGAGUCGAAGGAGAAGAUGUUGUUGCACUGUAAAGCCGGAAUUGGACGAACCGGGUGUUUAGUCGCGUGCUGGAGAAUUUCGAGAGGCGUGGACGUGGAAGAGGCGUUGGCGAUGGAGGCUGGUUUGGUGUGCGAUUUCGGAUGCAUCGCGCAAGAACAAUUCGUGAGAGAUUACGCCGCAGAUUUGAAACACGAAACGGAAGUGAAGAAGUUUGAGCAAGCCGUGGAAAAAUCGAAAUUUGAAACCGAUGCGAAGUAUCGAACGUCGUACGAUCCCGUCAACGAGUACGGGAGCAUGGGAGACGUCACGGAUGUCUCUGCCAUGGGAUCAAACAUGAUGGGCAACGUUUCCGCGUCGGGUGAAUUUUCCAGUUUGGACCAAGCGCCGGACAUGUAUUUAAUCCGAACCGAUGGGUUUUCGUGCACGAGAGAACUCGUGGAAAACAGAGAGUUGAAGAUUUCGCACCCGUCUACGCAGCAAAUGAUUUUGGUUUGGAGAGAACCGCCGAAAACAAUCUUCUUGUUGAAAAAAAUUGGCAACGCGCUUUUACCUCAGUUGGUCGAAGUCGCACACGCGUUGAUGACGAUGGGAAUGCAUGUCAUUUUAGAUACCGACGUGAAGAGAGAAUUGGAAGAUGAAACGAUCAAAUUGGAAACCGUGGACGAACAAAACCGAACGGAAGUGCGAACGAAAGCUUUGUGGGUGGAAAAAGAUUCGAAAGGAAAAAUCCCGAAAGAAGAUUGGGGCACGAUUGACGUGUGCGUCUGUUUAGGCGGCGACGGGGUUAUUUUACACGCGAGUAAAAUGUUCCAAGGUCCGACGCCGCCGGUUUUAGGAUUCCAUUUAGGUUCCUUGGGUUUCCUGACGAACCAUCCAGGAAACGAUAUGGCGCCGAGUUUACUCAUGGCGCUCGGUCGCGGGCCGCCAAUCGCGAACAUCUCUGGCGGCGUCCCGAUCACUCUGCGCAUGCGUUUACUUUGCGAAGUGUUUAAAUUCGCGGACAAAGUUGAAAACGGUGGCAACGGCGAACCGUCUUUCACGUAUACUAUCCUCAACGAAGUCCUCGUGGACCGAGGCCCUUCCCCGUUUCUCUCCAAAAUCGAAGCGUACGAUCGCGGGCAACUCAUCACCUCCAUCCAAGCCGACGGCGUCAUGCUCGCCACGGCCACUGGAUCCACCGCCUACUCCGUCUCCGCCGGUGGUUCCAUGGUUCACCCGAACGUUCAGGCUAUUUUGAUGACUCCAAUUUGCCCACACACCCUCUCCUUCCGCCCCGUCAUCUUCCCCGACUCGGUCGAAGUCGAACUUCGCGUCUCGGAAAACGCUCGCAACAGCGCCUGGGUCUCCUUCGACGGUCGCGAACGGUGCGAACUCUGCCGAGGCGACUCCGUCUUUGUCAAAAUGAGCGAAUACCCAGUCCCUACGAUUAACUUUGAAAACCAAACCGGUGAUUUCAUCUCCAGUUUACGAAGAUGUUUGAAAUGGAACGAACGCGAAGAGCAACAAGUCUUCGACGCGUCGCAAGUCGCCGCUUUGAGGAUGAUGAACGAAAACGCGGCAAAAUCGGAAGCGUCCGACGAGUGGAGCUCCAGAUGA